AUGGCUAUUCGGAGUUUCCGACGUAAACAGGUCCCUUCGUGGAGAUUUCACCCCGUGCCGCUGCUGCUGCUGUUGCUACUGCUUCUUCCCUUUCUCUACGCUGCCCAAGUGACGACGGCGGUGGUGACGAUAAGUCAUCGUUGCAUUCAUGCCGACGCGAGGCUCCAAGAGCACAUUCACACCAAUUGGGGGACCUUGUCUCAGUCUUACAGCACAGAUGAAGGGGGAAUGGUCCCAAGACAUCUAAAUGAACGACAUCAAGAGCGUACAAAAUGGACAUCACCAGUGCUUGGGGGCAAAUCACAGUUAAUACGCCUAAAUCUCGAGCGAGACGGACAGAGAUCAGCAAACAAGAAGGGUGAGCGCACAAAGGGCAAGGUAAAGGAGACCACCGCAAAAUGGGAGCCGAUUCGCAUCGUCGUCGACACGAGUCAUCUCACAGAUCCAAAGAAGAUAUGCACAGCUGUGGGUCAGGUGAGACCGGAUUUCAUGGGGUCUACGCAUACCUGCACGGCGCAGGACAUCAUGACAGUGGAGAAGUUAUGGUUUAUCGAAAAUAUUGCUUUACCGCUUGCUUUGUAUCGUACCCAGCGGCUUUUUAACGUCAAUCCCGUUCAAGGGCCCCUAUUGGUGAGUCCAGGCGUCUGUGGGCCGGAUGUGACUGUCUCAGAUGACCACAUAUCCGUUGGUGUGGCAGAUGCCGAUAUGAUUCUCUACGCUCACGCGGGUGGCAUGGGCAGCUCAACGACAUCUGGUGUAGCGGGAACGGUUGCAUGGGCAGGCGCCUGCACACUCGACCAAUUCGGGCGUCCAGUGGUGGGGCAAAUCAACUUUGUACCGUCUUUCAUUGAGUGGCAAGUUUCGGGCUGGGAAUACGAAUACUACGUCCGCGUUGUUAUGCACGAGAUGUUCCAUGCGUUGGGGUACACUCCAACCAUUCUGAAUACCAUGGUCAACGUGAGCAAACGCAGGGGCAAGAAGGUGAAAAUUGUAACCGCUCCCGCCGUUGUCUCCGCUGCUAGAAAACACCUUGGAUGUCCCACACUGGACGGUGUGGAGUUGGAGGAUGAGGGAGGAACUGGCACCGCCGGCACGCACUGGGAACGCAGGCAGUGGAUGGAUGAGCUCAUGGCGGGGGUACCGUCCCGCUCAGCAAUAUCCGAGCUUUCUCUUGCUUUUUUUUCGUCCACCAGUAUUUACACAGUGAAUAUGCAAUACGCCGAGCCGAUGGGAUGGAGCCACAACGCCGGUUGCGCCUUUGUUGAGGAAGCAUGCACGGCAAAUGCGACAGCCAUGGGAGUGAUGUGGUGCAAUGAGUCCGUAAGAACACAGGCAUGUACUUACGACCGCACCGAGGUGGGGAUCUGCGACGUUGGUAUAGUUUUGGGGUUGCCUCCAUACUUCCAGUACUCUCCCGACAAUCCCUUUUUUGGUGGUCUUACCCCACUAAUGGACUUUUGUCCUGUAGUGGUGGGGUACGUCAACCGUCAGUGUCGAGAUCCUUCACAGGCCAGCGACGAUGACAGCAUCUAUGGUCUCUACUUUGGUCCCCAAAGUCGCUGCGUCCCCACCACAAACAUGAUGCGCAUUGGAUUCGUAUUUGAGGAUUCAUCACCGCGGUGCCUCCGUGUGCGUUGCCAAAUGGGGACACGAUUAGAAAUCUUUCUGGGUCACAGCUGGUUGUCGUGCCCUAGCGACGGUAGCGCUGGGGAUAUCUCUAUUCCACUUUCCUCGGGAUUCAGUGGAAAAAUUCACUGUGAACGUGCAGAGUUGGUUUGCUCCCCAGAGCUCUUCUAUAACCCUAACGCGAGAGUGAGCGAGCUGGGCCCAGCACGGGAGUACGCCCUGGAUGUGGUAGUUGUUCUCAACACAACGGCAAGUGGCGCAAAGGUAAUCUCGGCAGACGUUUUGGGCCGUAUCGCUGUUCAGGCAGAAAGUUUCUUCUUUGUCGAUCUUCAACAGGACAUCGCGGAUUUGUGUUCGUACGACCUUGGUGCUGGCAGUGUUCGAAUGCUGCCGGAGCACGCCUUUGCAUCCAUUGAUGGUGGUGGUGUGGUGGUGUACUUUCAGUUGGGUGUUAUGGCGGGAAUGGGCGGAACAAAGUUGGACAUCGUGCGUGCGGAGUGCGGUGCCGCUCUGGCAGUAGGAAGUGUUAUGAGGCGUAUUGGCGCGCACGUCACAUUGGCGUCAGACGUCGCGUCAACAACGACAGUGACGGCGUCUGAGAUUCUUCCAGAUGCAAAGAUUGUUGAUGGCUUUACCUCACUCCAACAGCUUGUUUCUCUGGGUGACGUCACACUUCACUGCGGCGGCGAUCUUUCAGGUGUCCCUUCGCUGGCGAAUGGAAGUGUGACGGCGUUAUUGGCAACUGCUGCAAAGGAAGACAUCUCCAAGUUAAUCCUUGUGACAGCAAACCUUGUCCAGGUGCGGGGGGUACGGAUCUCCGGACCCUCCGAGCUGGUGCUCAGCGCAACUGUCGCCUUUCCCCCCGCUGUAGACGAUGCAGGGGGCGUGGACGAGAUCCUGCACUUCUGGUCGCGUCGGCUCACCGAGGCCCUGGCGAGCGCGUCGCCCUUCCCUCUUCUGACGUCAGCAGUCGCGUUGCUCUCCAAAGGCGCACCUGUCAGCCUCGCCGAUGGAACGCCAGAGAAUGCCCUUACGCUGAGGUCUGCAACUGUGGGACAGACACAGCCAGAAUCUAGCGGUGACCCCCGCUGUGCAGUGAAGUUUACGGGCUGCUUUCCCGUUCAGAUAGUGGUACUCGCCUUUAUUAUCCUUAUCGCGCUAACAUUGAUUAUCAUAUUUGUUGUAGCGUUUCUGUGCCCGAAAUUGGCAAGGCAUGCUUCGGAAGAGAAAGUAUACAGUCUUGUAGUGCCCCUUCAGCCAAAAGAUGUGUGA